UUGAUUAACAUGUGUCAGAGCUAAAUGCAACACAGGUGGUUGGAAAGUGUUUAUGCUUAUGAGUAAGAAUGAUCUAUGUGGGGUGACAUUAUCAGGGUAUAGAUGGUGCAAUUCUUAGGUCAUGGGUUGAGCUCUCAAAUGUCAUUGUUUUAUUUCCAUAUAGUCAAUGGUCAAACCUGUUUAAAUUCUGAGUGAAGAUAACCUGGAUUAACCCCAAGUACAGUCAUUCAGUCAUGGGUGUGUUUGAAUGGUUGUACAGUGGCACUUGCUUAAACCCCAGCAGCUGUUUCUCAUUAGUCAUGUCUUUAUAAUGGUUACAUUUGUUUCUCAAGAACAGUCUUCAAUGACUCUCAAAUGACUAAGUGCCUCAUGGAACUUCCCUGACCUGUCCUGUUACCCAGUUCAUUACAAAGUUUUUACAUUUCUUAAAUAUUUUUCAACAGCAUUCAAAGGUCGGUUGUUAUCUGGAUAGCUAUAUCCGGUCUAAAGGCUACAUUGUGCGUACUACUCAUUUGGCCCUGUUUGAAGACGAAGAUGGAUUUAACCACGCCCCAGCUAGCUCUGUUCCUUGUCCUUAAGGUUCCCUGAGACUGUGAUUAUUAUUUCCCAUGGGGAAUAAUGGCCAAUUGUCCACCCGCUAUAUUGAUUCAGGCAUUUAUGAAAAAUGGAAGUGGAGCGACUCAUCAGCAAGAAACUCCAACUGAAGAGGAAAGCAGAGCACUUGAAGUCUGACCUGAUGAGGCAGUUUGACUCUCAGGUGUUGGAGUUCAUGGACAGUCUGAUAGAGGAAUCAGCCAGCCUGGAGCCUGCUCCUGUCCCUGCUGUCUUCUCCCCUCCUCUGUCCGAUAAAGAGAGGAGUAAGCUCAGGCAUCUCCAAGGGUCAUCCCAGGGCCAAGGCAAACAGUUUGUGGUCCGGAGGUCCUUGUUAGAUGAGCUGUUUGAAGUGAACCACAUCCGGACCAUCUACCACAUGUUCAUUGCCCUGCUGAUCCUCUUCAUCCUCAGUACCCUGGUGGUUGACUUCAUCGAUGAAGGCAGAUUGGUGCUUGACUUUGAUCUGCUGGUCUAUGUAUUUGGACAGUUCCCCCUAGUGGUGAUUACCUGGAUCUGCAUGUUCCUUUCAGUGCUGGUGGUGCCCUACAGCCUGUUCCACACCUGGGCCUCUCACUACCAUGAGUCCAGCCACGGGACCCUGUGGUCUCUUCUACUGGGCUCUCUCUUCCUGCUCUACCAGGGCCUGGGCCUAGGCUUCCUGCCUACCUUUGUGGUGGUGAAGAACAGCUUUCCCCCUGCAUCCUGCUUCAUCAUCAUCCUGGAACAGGUGCGCCUGAUGAUGAAGGCACACUCCUAUAUCAGGGAGAAUGUCCCCAAAGUUCUGGCUUUGGCAAAAGACAAAUCCAGCUCCUCCCCAGUCUCUCCACUCAUCCCACAGCUGAGCCACUAUAUCUACUUCCUCUUUGCUCCCACCCUUAUUUACAGAGAUAAAUAUCCCAGGAAUCCCAUCAUCAGGUGGAGUUAUGUGGCCUCUAAGUUAUUACAGGUUCUAGGAUGUCUCUUCUAUGCCUACUAUGUGUUUGUGCGCCUCUGCAUCCCACAGUUCCGCAGCAUCAGCCAGCAACUGUUUGACCUGCGGGCCAUGGUCCUGUGUGUGUUCAACUCUAUCCUGCCUGGAGUUCUGGUUCUCUUCUUGGCCUUUUUUGCCUUCCUGCACUGCUGGCUCAAUGCCUUUGCUGAGAUGCUGCGGUUUGCUGACAGGAUGUUUUACAAGGAUUGGUGGAACUCCACAUCCUUUGCCAAUUACUACCGCACCUGGAACGUGGUGGUACACGACUGGCUGUAUUACUAUGUCUACUGUGACUUCCUGUGGAUGUCGAAGAAGAGAUUUCGGGCGGCAGGCAUGUUAUUGGUCUUCACUAUGUCUGCAGUAGUGCACGAGUACAUCUUGGCGAUCUGCUUCGGCUUCUUCUACCCAGUCCUCUUCUGCCUCUUCAUGUGCUUCGGAAUGAUGUUUAACUUCAUUCUUCAUGACCGGAGAAAAGGCCCAAUUUGGAACGUGAUCAUGUGGACUGCUCUGUUCCUCGGUCAGGGGGUCAUCAUCUGCCUCUACUCCCAGGAGUGGUAUGCACAGCGCUACUGCCCCCUUCAGGAGCCCUCUUUCCUAGAGCUGCUGAAGCCGCGUUCCUGGAGCUGUCACCUCCAGACCAACCCAGCAGUCGACUCUUGAGGGGCUGUAACUGACAUCACAUUGAACUACUGAACCGACAACACUCGCCAAUCUAUUGAAUGUGUUUAGGAGAGCACAACCUCCUGUUUCUUUCAAGCCUUUUUACCUUUUGUUUUCAUUAAUUGUUUUUGUGUUACACUAGUAAUUCAGACUGAUAUUGAGAGACUGCGUUAUUCAUUUGAAAGGGCAUGGAGUGAGUGAGGCAUAUAAUGGCCUCUGUCAUCACAAAGAUGCCUUAUUUAUCCUUUUAGUUUCAUGACAAACCCAUUGGAAAUCAGGGUAACAUAGAGCACAUAAAUGUGAACAGAAUUUUUUUUUUUUAUUUAUACUUUUAUUUUCAGCCUGGAUACAAUUACCAUAUGUUUUCAUUUGAAAUGCACUUUCAAUGCCAAUAUGGUAAAUCGUAAAGUUGCAGCUUUUCCCAAAAUUUGACCUCUUAGCAAACAUGCAGUUAUAUACAUUUAGCAAAUAAUUUACUUAAAACAAUGUUUAUUUUUUUUUGUUUUUUUACGUUAUUUUUUUUAUGAACCCAGACAUUUCAAAUGUUCAGCCACUGUAUUUUGUCGUCUAGUCUCCAAGGUGUUUUAAAUCAUGUUGAUGGAGAUCAGGGUUGGGCUCAUUUCAGAAGUUUUGGAAAUUAACUCCCAUUCAACUCAUGAGUUGAAUUGGCUGCACCUCACAGGAUGUAGAGUUGGUGUGACAAAGUAAUUCAAGGAAAUUUCACUCGUCAUACAACAUAAGUUUCAUUGAAUCUCACAGUUCCAGAUACCAAAUAAUAACUUUUCUCUAGAAAUAAUGUUUCUAACCUUGGUGCUUAGAAUAGCCAAUUAUAUUUCUGCCAACCCUUUCAUUUGUUUGGCUUCUUUUUGAAGUUCUCAGGGUCAACUGCAGGGUUACACUAAUGCAUUCUGGGAAAUGUAUUUUCCUCAUUGAACAAAAUGUAAUCGAUUUAAUGAAAUACAAUAACUUUGAAUAUUCACAUACAGGUUUUGUUUCCUUUGAUCGUUCACUUUGUUCUGAAAAUCAAUUGUUUUAACAAUUUUAUAUGCAUGUAUAUAAUGACAUGUUUCAUGUACAAGAUGUAUAUUUGUAUAGACUACACCUAAUAUAGAAUAGAGGCAUUUGAAUUUCUCUGAAUUCAAUUACAUUUCCUUUCAGUCAAGUUUGAAUUGCAAUUUUUGUAUGCUGUUUACUACAAUUUAAAUUCAAUAUUUUAAUAGGAAUUUGAGGCGUUCUCCAUUUCAAUUCUGAAGUGAGCCCAACCCUGAUAGCGAUGUUAGAUUAUUAAACAAAAUGGAGAUUAGUUUGCUCUGUGAUUACUAGUAAGAAGGUUUUGUCAGAUGUGAAGCCUUACACACAAGAUUAAUGUUAAUUAAGAAUAUGUAUUUAUUCAAAAGCAAUAUUGAAAGUGAUUCUAUACCAAUCAGAAAUUCCACACCUGAUCUUGAGUUGGUGGAAACUGCACUACUGUUGCAGGUGGCUGCUCCAAUGUUGCCAUUAUCAGUUUGGCUGAUGCAUGUGUUGUUUAUUUACUUGAUUAGUGCCAAUGCCUAAAUAUACACUAGUGCAUUAUUUGCUUUUGUCAGAAAUUACAUAAUUACACUAACUGUUGCCAUUAAUGCUGUAAAUUAGGGAUUCAAUUUCAGCUUCAAUCCAUGAGUCUGGUAGACUUGUCAUUUUGUGAUUGUCUCUCUAUGGAUUGUCUCUCUAUGGAACAGUUUGUUUUUGACUCAAACCAUGUAUGAUGAUUUUAAACCACGAGAUGGCGCUGUAAUGUAAAAAAUGUUGAAUUCCCACUUGUUUCUCAUGACAAUCUAUUUUACUCAUAAGUAAUUAUUUAAGAAGGACCAUUAACAAAACAUUGUUAUAUAGAGAAAUGUGUGUGUUUGUGUGUAUAUAUAUAUAUAUCCUAUCAAGUGAUUUUGUUGCAAGACUACUUCAGCCUGUAUUGAAAUUGGGAGACUGUUUACUAUUUGUGAUCGUAUUUCAGUGGUUAUUUCGAGACCACUUUUGAGAUUAUGAUGCUCUUUUGAUCAUUUAGAAAAUGAGUGAUACUUUUGUUCAGAUAUUUCUAUUUUUGAACAGAGAUUGACAUUCCUCUAUUUUUCUUGAUAAAUGUAUGGAGUUAUAGUGUUUAAAACAUUUAUUUGGUAUUAUACGAGAUAUGUUGGAUAAUAUUUACCUUUACAGUGCAUUAGGUAUAUGUCAGAUAGAAAAUAAACUAUAAAUCUAUAUAUAUUUUUGGUCUUUUAACCAAACCCGUGGGUUAGAAUUGUGACUGCAGCAUUUUUUACUUUAAAAAGAACAGUUAGGGUUUUUGAUGUACUUUCCAUAUAUAAUAUUGUACAUUUCACAAUGUCAAGACAAUACAAAUUUGAAUGGAUUUUGCUAAAUGCUUUUUGUCAUAAAGUUUAUUGUUAAUACUUAUUUAUCAAAUGGCCACCCUUUUGUUUUUACACUGCUGCUACUCACUGUUAAUUAUCUAUGCAUAGUCACUUUACCCCUACCUACAUAUACAAAUUGCCUCAACUAACCUGUACCGGUACCCCCUGUAUAUAGCCUCGCAAUUGUUAUUUUGUGUUACUUUUAUUUUUUUACUUUAUUUAGUCAAUAUUUUCUUUACUUUAUUUUCUUAAAACUGCAUUGUUGGUUAAGGGCUUGUAAGUAAGCAUUUCACGGUAAGGUAUACACCAGUUCUAUUCGACGCAUGUGACAAAUACAAUUUGAUUUGAUUUAAUAUAAAAUGUAGUCAGUUCAAAUCACAGUUGUGGGAUCCUAUCCAUGAAAUCACACCAGUAUGUACAGUAGGAAUAGGGGGGAGGACAUACAGAGGCAUGAAACAUUAGCUGUCACGUCAGUGUUAUGGAUCCGAACUGUCACUGCCAAAAGAAAACAGCCAUAGUUGUCUUUUUAAGUGUUUUGUGGUAGAAAUUAAUUUCACACAAAUAACAUUUGUUCAAUGUUAUGACAGUAUUUCAAGAGUGUAUAUUGUAACGUUGAACAAUAGACAUUUCGUUUUUCCAGAGGUCUUACCUCAUAAAUAAAAGUUGUGAACAAUGCAA